CUUCAAGUUCACGCUUCAAUCACUCAUUUCUAAGAAUUUUAUUGAGCUUUCUUCAGCUCGAUUUUUGGGGAUAGGAGUGAUUUUAGCUGGAUCCGUACAUUUGUUUCUAAAAUGUGAUUGAAUUUAAUGCUUGCAGUUGCAGUGGUUUAAGAAGGAGCUUCCACACAAUUGCAAAGGUCUAGUUUAAAUCGGGUAAAUAGGAAGUACUAUCGUGUUCUUCAGGGAGUGCGACUGACAGUGCUGUCUGAUUACAGUAUAUUGCCAUGUUUGGUUGUAAGGAUGGUGCAAGAAGCAAGAUCGUGCUGAUUUCUUCCCCAUUUGGAUUUCUGGUGGAGUUAUCACCAUGCGUAUUUAGUCCUUAAUACAACAAAGGGUGGAUUUGAGGAGAUUAGUGUAGUAAAUGGGAGCUAUGGGAGGCGACGACUUGAUUGAUUGGGAGAAGAUGCAAGAGCUGGGAAAUGGAACAGAAGAGAAGAUUUUGGUUUUGGUGAGAUUAAGGCCAUUGAAUGAGAAGGAGAUUGCUCAGAAUGACGUUGCUGAUUGGGAAUGCAUCAACUCGACCACCAUUUUGUACCGGAACAGCCUCCAGGAGAGGUCAGGACUCCCGACAGCUUAUUCAUUUGACAGAGUAUUUAGGGGUGACUGCAAAACAAGAGAAGUUUAUGAUGAAGAGAUAAAGGAUAUUGCACUCUCUGUUGUUGGUGGCAUCAACUCUACUAUUUUUGCAUAUGGUCAAACAAGCAGUGGAAAGACCUACACUAUGAAUGGUAUUACUGAGUAUACAGUUGCUGAUAUUUAUGAAUAUAUGAAAAUGCAUGAUGAAAGAGCAUUUGCUUUGAAGUUUUCUGCAAUGGAGAUCUAUAAUGAAGUUGUUAGAGACCUCCUUAGCUCAGAUAAUAAUCAACUGCGGCUACUUGAUGAUCCAGAAAAAGGAAUGAUUAUAGAGAAACUCACAGAAGAAACUUUGAGGGACUGGAAUCACCUCAAGGAGUUGUUGUCCAUUUGUGAAGCUCAAAGACAAAUUGGGGAGACCUCAUUGAAUGAGAAAAGCUCAAGGUCCCAUCAAAUCCUUAGAUUGACGAUUGAAAGUUCUGCUCGUGAAUUUAUUGGGAAGAGCAACUCAACCACCCUUGCUGCUAGUGUGAAUUUUGUUGAUCUAGCAGGAAGCGAGCGGGCAUCUCAAGCACAAUCAGUAGGGCAAAGACUCAAAGAGGGCUGCCAUAUAAACCGUAGUUUAUUAACUCUGGGGACAGUCAUUCGCAAACUCAGCAAAGGAAGGCAUGGGCAUGUCAAUUACAGAGACUCGAAGCUUACUCGCAUACUGCAGCCUGCCUUAGGAGGCAAUGCAAGAACCGCAAUCAUAUGCACCUUAAACCCUUCUAGAAGCCAUGUUGAGCAAUCAAGAAACACACUUCUAUUUGCAAGCUGUGCAAAGGAAGUAUCUACGAAUGCUAAGGUCAAUGUUGUGAUGUCUGACAAGGCAUUAGUAAAACAUCUGCAGAAAGAGGUUGCCAGGUUGGAAAGCGAGUUAAAAGCUCCAGGAUCAACAUGUGACCAUGGACCAUUGUUGAGAAAGAAAGACAUGCACAUUGAAAAGUUGGAGAAAGAGAUAAGGGAGCUGAAGAAGCAACGAGAUCUUGCUCAUUCUCGGAUUGAUGAUCUACUAAGAGCCAUUGAAAGUGAAAAAAGUUCUUCAAAAGCCAACAGUAUUCAGUCUGUUAAUGGAGUGGUUAAGCGCAAUGGAUCUUUGGAUAUUCUGCGCUCACAAAGCAGCCAGGUUUCUUAUUCAUCUGAUGAUGCAUCUGAUCCAAGCCAAAUAACGGAAGAACCUAUGUUGGCAACCGCAGAAGAUUUUGAUGAAGUCUCUACAGACAUUCGCUGUAUAGAGGUAGAUGAAUCUGCCAAAGAUGGAACCUGCACUUCUUCUCGCCAUUCAACAAGUGAGAGUGAAGAAAGCACGCCAUUAUCAUCUGAACCACAGUUGUCGCCAGUUUCAUCAGCACCACUUAGUGGCACGGAUAACAUUUACUCUCAUGUUGCAUUGGAGCAAAACAUUCAAGGUUCAUUGUUUAACCCUCACUCUGAUGAAACAUCUCCGAGCGCCUCAACUAGUACGACUGCUUCAGGAGGCUUACUACUGACAAGAAGCCGAAGUUGCCGAGCUAAUAUGAUUACUGCACCACUUGACAUGGGGAGUGAUGAACAAAAUGAUAGCACACCUCCAACUAUGUUGGAAAAGGACUUCACUGGAAGACCGGAAGGUGCCUUUCAGAGGAAGCAAUGGAAACUUCCUCCUGUAAUUUACGGCACUAAUAGUGCCAGACUGACAGGAAACGUUUCUCAAUCUACGGACUAUAGUUCCUUCAUAGAUGAUACUAAGAAUGGAGACGGGGAUGAGGAUAUACCGACUCUUGGCUCUUUUGUCGCAGGACUCAGGGAAAUGGCAAAGCUUCAAUACGAAAAUCAAACUACAGAUCAGGUCCAACUGAAAGAUGCAACAGAUGGAAAUAAUACACGAGAUGUUGCUUUGGAUCCAAUGAAUGAUUGGGCCAUAAAGUUUGAGAUGUUGCAGAAGUCGAUAAUCGAACUUUGGCAAGCUUGCAAUGUAUCACUGAUACACAGGACAUACUUCAUCCUCCUUAUUAAGGAAGAUAUGACAGAUUCCAUUUAUAUGGAGGUCGAGCAUCGGAGAUUAUCCUUUCUCAAGGAAACAUUCUCUAGGGGUAAUUUUGCUGUUCAAGAUGGCCGCACUCUUACACUGGCAUCGAGCAAGAAAGCUCUUCGCCGCGAGAGGGAGAUACUGAGCAGGCGUAUGUCUAAAGCAUUCACAGAAGAUGAAAGAAACAGAAUCUACGAGGAAUGGGGUAUCGACAUCAACUCAAAACGAAGAAGGAUGCGACUCGUCCAGCUUCUAUGGAGAGACACCGAAGACAUGAAUCACAUUAGGAAGAGCGGUGAAGUUGUUGCUAAGCUCAUCGGCUUCUCCGUGCAUGGGCAAGGCAUGAAGGAGAUGCUCGGCCUCAGCUUCAUGCCGCCUCAGCGGAUGAUGAGCCGACGUUCCCUUAGGUGGAUAAACAGUUGAUGAGGAUGCCUUGUUGUUACUAUGUUUAUAGAUUAAAACUAAAAAAAAUUAUAGGUUUCGUGAUUUGUGAUGACUUUUUGGUUUGAGCUGCUGCUUGUUUUUUUAAAAGUGUGGAGAAGGAAGUGUUCAAAAUGAUUUGAUUUUUGUGUGUAAUGUAACUAUUAUACUGGUGUUCUAGAUAGUGUAAAAGAUUCUAUAA